ACUGAGAGGUGAAAUGGCUCACAGAGGAGACUGGCAGGAGAAAAUCUCCUGCUCCAUCUGUCUGGAUUUCCUGAAGGAUCCUGUGACUAUUGCGUGUGGGCACAGCUACUGCAUGAUCUGUAUUAAACAAUCCUGGGAUACAGAUGAGAAGAAAGUCUGUAAAUGCCCUCAGUGCAGGAUAACAUUCACACCGAGGCCUGUCCUGGUGAAAAAUGUCAUAUUAGCAGAGUUAGUGGAGGAUCUGAAGAAGACUGGACUCCAAACUGCUCCAGCUGAUCACUGCUAUGCUGGACCUGAAGAUGUGGCCUGUGAUGUCUGCACUGGUAGGAAGAUGAAAGCUGUCAAGUCCUGUCUGGUUUGUUUGAAUUCCUUUUGUGAGAAUCACCUUGAAACUCAUGAUGAUGACCCUGAAUUAAAAAAACACAAGCUGGUGAAUCCGUCCAAAGAGUCGUUACAUAGCAUCUGCUCUCGUCAUGAUGAGGUGAUGAAGAUCUUCUGUCGUACUGAUCAGCAGUGUAUUUGUUAUCUCUGCUUAAUGGAUGAACAUAAAGGCCAUGAAACAGUCCCAGCUGCAGCAGAAAUGGCUGAGAAAAAGAAGAAGCUCCAUUUGACUCGAAAUCAAAUCCAGAGGAACAUCCAGGACCAAGAGAAAGAUGUGAAGCUGCUUCAACAGGAGGUGGAGGCCAUCAAUCACUCUGCUAAUAAAGCAGUGGAGGACAGUGAGAAGAUCUUCACUGAGCUGAUCCGUCUCCUCCAGAAAAGAAGCUCUGAUGUGAAGCAGCAGAUCAGAUCCCAGCAGGAAACUGAAGUGAGUCACAUAAAAGAUCUUCAGGAGAAGCUGAAGGAGGAAAUCGCCGACCUAAAGUGGAAAGACGCUGAGCUGGAGCAGCUCUCACACACAGAGGAUCACAACCAGUUUUUCCUUAAUUACAGUUCCCUGCCAGACCUAAAUGAGUUUGUGCACUCACAGCGCAUCUGUAUGCAUCCUUGGAAAAACUUCAAGGAUGUGAUAGCAGCUGUGUCAGAGCUCAGAGAUCAACUGCAGGAUAUUCUGGCAAACAGUCGUACAAACAGGUCAGUUGAAGUCAGCAAGGUGGAGGCUUUAAAGUCAGAACCAGAACCAAAAACCAGAAAUGAGUUCUUAAAGUAUUCACAAGAAAUCACUCUGGAUCCAAACACGGUGAACACAAAGCUGUUAUUAUCUGAGGGGAACAGAAAAGUAACGAGAAAGAAUAAAAAACAGUUUUAUCCAGAUCAUCCAGACAGAUUCACUGGAGUCUAUCAGGUCCUGAGCAGAGAGAGUCUGACUGGUCGUUGUUACUGGGAGGUGGAAUGGACUGGGAGAGGAGUUGGAGUUGCAGUUUCAUACAAGAACAUCAGCAGAGCAGGACUGUCAGAGAAAUGUGAGUUUGGAAUGAAUGAGAUUUCUUGGUCGUUUGACUGCCGAACAAACAGUUGCACAAUUUAUCACAACAGAGUAGAAACUCCAGUACCAGGUCCAGUUUCCUCCAGACUGGGAGUGUAUCUGGACCACAGAGCAGGUAUUCUGUGUUUCUACAGCGUCUCUGGUACCAUGACUCUCCUCCACAGAGUCCAGACCAGAUUCACUCGGCCGCUGUAUGUCGGGGUUUGGCUGUUUUAUGUUGACUCGUCUGCUGAGUUCAUUAAGGUUAAAUAGUCAGCAGAGAUCUGAGGUUAAAAUCUGUUCUUUAUUCUCCAUCAUUCACUGUAAACUCAAAGUCAUUUCUACUCUUCUCUAUUCUACUUUCUUCAUUGUUUUUUGUUGAUGUUGAGUUUGUCUCGUCUCUCAAAUUAAACUUUAUCAUAGCGAGUUAUGUUUUACAGUCCAAACUGUUGUGUGGUUCUGUUAGUAUGACGUUAACUUCUGCUCCAAUAGACUCUGUUUAAAACAACCCUGAAGGUUAAUCACUGUCUAAUGUUUUUAGUAAUCAGUGGUUCAUUGUAUUGUUUAGUUCUGAUUGUUAUAUUGUGUGAAAACUGAGACUGAAACUGUUGAUCCAGUUAAUGAUUAAAUCUCUGACGUGUUGGGAAACUGAGCCGACUGCAUGCGGCGUCACAUGGACUCACACAGUCUCAUGUCUGUCUCUGAAUAAAAACCCUCUGAUUUAGAAAAACCAGUGAACAGAUGCAUCGUGGUCACUGGACCCCGAGUCGCAGCUCUGAUAAAUGAACUUUUUCUAAAAAUGCAUUUUUCAGUGUUUUCAGUGAAUCCCAGAUGAUUCUUAUUUGGUUUUUCCUGCCAUGUGUGAUUCAGGCUUCAGUAUUUCAAAGUGAAGAACCUGUGGACAUUAAGUGGUCAGUAAUGCAGACGUGGUGUCUAAAUGUGCAGACACUGGUCAGUUUUAGAUGUGAUUUAUUUUUUUAUGUGACCUCCAGUGAAACCUUCACUCACUGGGAAAAGUGUAAAUGAUGUAAAUGAGGAUUUAGACUCAGUUGAAUUUACUGAUAAGUCAUUGAAUUAAAUUUUAUUUUGGAAAGCUGUGAAAUUGAUUGAUAUAUGAAAAUGUUCUGAUUCAAACAAACUGUGUGUAAAUUAAGUCAAUUUU